CUUCCUCAGUUUUUGCCCGCUAUGUCUUCACCGCCUAUGGAUUUCCCGUCGUCUGACGAUGGAGACGUUAACAUGCAAGAUGUGGAUCAACCUCAGCCCCUUUUCUUGGCUGGUACGCCCUCCGUGGCGGGUACGCCUUCACGUCGUGGUCGCGGUGAGAGCGGGACGGUCACUGGAACGCCAACUAGUAUCAUGGCGAGAAGAGCUAUGGGGAUGAGUACUCCGAAGAAAGCGCCAAGGACGCCUUUGUUUGCGCCUGGAUCGUCAUCACCGGCCAAAAAGACCCCGACGAGAAGGUAUCAGGCCUCGAGUAGUAUUGCUGGCUCUAUGCGAGAUUCUGAACCCCUUGAUUUCCCUUCGAGUCCGGUUGCAAAUCCCGCACCAAAGAACAGACGUGGUGAUAUCCACUCUUCCUUGAGCCUCACGCCCACUCGCGUCCGUCAUGUCCCUCGCGCCCCGCGCCCUCACGGCAGCAACCUCGAUGGAAUCCCCUCCUCCGACGUCGAUCACCUCUCCAUUCCUGCCUCCGACGCCCCUCAACUCUCUGCCCCAACAGCCCCCUCUGAAGAGCCCGAUGAAAUCCGCGCUAUCUGGGGAACGACGGUCAACCUGGCAGACACAAUGAAGCAUUUCCGUGAUUUCCUCAGAAACUUCAAACCGAAAUAUCGCACGACCUUUGACCGCGAGCGUGGCGUGCCGACGAAGGCUUCCAUGAGUCCCGAAGAGACCGAAGUCAUACUGUACGAGAAUUAUAUGAGGAGAAUGAGGACGACCGGAGAGACAGAUCUGAAUCUGGAUAUUGUGAACCUAUUGGCGUAUUGGCCCAGCAAAAAGCUGCAUGGGCAGUUGGUCAAGUAUCCUCAGGAGGUGGUCCCCGCUAUGGAUCAAGUGUUGAAGGACAUGAUGCUGGAGUUGGCGGAGGAGGAUCAGAUGGCCGGGAUGGAGGGGAUGGAGGGCCAAGAGGGCGAAUUAGAGAUUGCAGAGAUUAUGGGCAAGGUGUAUAAAGUGAGGGCACUCGGUCUGCCGUCUUCGAAUAUGCGAGAGUUGAAUCCUAGCGAUACCGACAAACUUGUCUGCAUAAAGGGGCUUGUCAUCCGCGCCACGCCCGUCAUCCCUGACAUGAAAACCGCCUUCUUUCGUUGCCUCACUUGCUCGCAUACCGUCCAAGUCGAAAUCGACCGUGGCAAGAUCGACGAACCUGCGCGUUGCCCGCGCGACGUCUGUGCCUCCGUCGGUACGAUGUCGCUCGUCCACAACCGGUGCGAGUUCGCGGACAGACAGGUCAUUCGUCUUCAGGAGACUCCGGACGCGGUUCCCGAUGGCCAGACCCCGCAUACGGUGUCGUUGAGCGUGUAUGAUGAGCUGGUGGACGUAUCGAAGCCGGGUGACAGGCUCGUCGUGACUGGGAUUUAUAGGAGUGUGCCGGUGAGGGUAAAUCCGAGACAGAGGACGAUGAAGAGCCUGUUCAAGACUUUCCUCGACGUCGUGCACAUCCGGAUCGGACAUGAUGGGAGACUCGGUAACGAUAGAUCUACGCGGCCAGCCGGAGGGGAUCGCAUUCCCGGAGUUGGUGGAAUCGGAGGAUACGAUGAGGAAGAGGAGCAGGAGGGAAAGGUUACGAGGAAGGCGGAAAUGGAGGCAAAGUUGAAGGAAUUGAGCACGAGGCCCGAUAUCUAUGAUUUGUUGUCGAGGAGUUUGGCGCCUUCCGUGUGGUCGAUGGAUGAUGUGAGGAAGGGAAUCUUGCUCCAGCUGUUUGGAGGGACGAAUAAGAGUAUUGCGAGGGGUGGUGGCGGUGGCGGACCGAGAUACAGGGGAGAUAUCAACGUGCUGUUGGUUGGUGACCCAGGUACCGCUAAGUCGCAAAUCUUGCAGUAUGUGCAUAAACUUGCCCCACGAGGAGUAUACACAUCAGGCAAGGGUUCUUCUGCUGUUGGUCUGACCGCGUACGUUACGCGAGACCCGGACUCCAAACAACUUGUAUUGGAAAGUGGUGCCCUCGUCCUCAGUGAUGGCGGUGUUUGCUGUAUCGAUGAAUUCGACAAAAUGUCCGAUGCCACACGCAGUGUCCUGCACGAAGUUAUGGAACAACAAACUGUUUCCAUAGCCAAAGCAGGCAUCAUCACCACCCUCAACGCCCGUACUUCUAUCCUUGCAGCCGCUAACCCUGUCGGCUCAAAAUACGAUGUCAAUAUGCCCAUCACCCGCAACAUCGACCUACCACCCACGUUGAUCUCCCGUUUCGACUUGCUGUACCUUGUGCUCGACCAAGUCGACGAGCACGUCGAUCGGAGACUGGCUCAACAUCUUGUCAGCUUGUAUCUUGAGGAUGCACCGGAAACCGGCGGACAGGAUAUCUUGCCGUUAGACCAGCUGUCAGCCUACAUCUCCUACGCUCGCUCCCGCAUCCAUCCCGCCAUCACCAGCGAAGCCUCCGAAGAACUUGUCCAAUCCUACCUCAAACUCCGCAGCGUAGGUGGCUCCGACCCCAAAGCCUCCGAAAAACGCAUCACCGCCACCACGCGCCAACUCGAAUCCAUGAUUCGACUGUCCGAAGCUCACGCCCGCAUGCGAUUCUCCACCACCGUCGACCUCGACGACGUCCAGGAAGCGUAUCGGCUCAUGCGCGACGCGAUCCGGACGAGCGCGCUCGAUCCUACGACGGGCAAGAUCGAUAUGGGGAUGUUGAAUACGGGGACUGGGCAGGGACAGAGGAAGAUGAGGGAGGAUAUGAGGAGAGAGGUGUUGGCAUUGUUGGAUGGUAUGGGCGGGGGCGCGGCGAGCAGUAGGGGUGUGAAGUGGGGAGAUGCGGUGCAGAAGUUGCAGGAGCAGAGUAGUGUGAAGAUAGAUGCAGGGGAGUUCAAGGAGGUUGUUACGAGGUUGGAGCAGGAGGGGCUGGUCAAGAUUGUAGGGGAGAGGGACAGGAGGACCAUUAGGAGGGUGGAAGGGGCGUGAGGUAGAGUAUCAUUCUGGUGUACGAUAAUUACGACAGCGAGGGCGAUUUGGUGGUUAGUUUCAUUCUUACGUUUUUUUCUGCUUGCAUUGUGUGUACUCCUUUUCGUAUACCUCGCGUUCAA